AUGUCGAAUUUUGUGCCUGGAAACUACGAUUUGCGGACAGCAUUGAUUUUCUGUUACCAUUUGAAGAAAACCGUUGCAGAAUCGCAUCGAAUGCUUGUCGAAGCUUACGGUGAGCAUGCUCUGGGUAAAUUACAGUGCUUUGAGUGGUUUAAAAAAUUUAAAAGUGACGAUUUUGACGUGAGAAACGAAGAACGUGGAAGAACAUCGAAAAAGUUUGAAGACAGCGAAUUGCAAGCAUUGUUGGAUGAGGAUGACGCUCAAACGCAACAACUCGCGGAUCAAUUAAAUGUGACACAAAAAGCCGUCUCCAUACGUUUGAAAGCCAUGGGAAAGAUCCAGAAGAUGGGAAAAUGGGUUCCACAUGAACUGAAUGAAAGACAGCAGGAAAAGCACUUGCUGCUCGCCAGGAGUGGCCCUGUUUCAAAAGCGCAGUAUUAUCACAGUAACUCUGGUGUAACCAAAAAGAACCCUGAGAGCGGCCACGCCGCACAGUGGGGCAAACGUUUUCGUUCAAAACAACUUUUAGCCAAAAGUAUACAACCUAUUGAAGUCAGAUGUGCCUAUAUUGUGCUGCUGGUAGCUGGGUACUGGGUCACAGAAUGUCUACCGAUAGGAAUCACAUCAUUAAUACCUGUAGUGCUGUUUCCACUAUUCGGUAUCCUUAGCACUCAAGAGACAUGCAUAUGCUACAUGAAUGAUACAAUCAUAGUCUUUAUUAGUGGUCUGAUACUUGCUAUCGCCACUGAGCAUUGCAACCUGCAUUUGCGGAUUGCUUUGAUCGUAAUGAAGGCACUUGGAUGCAGUCAUGCAAAGCUACUCGGUGGUCUUUGCACCGUAACCACUUUCAUAUCUAUGUGGAUUGCAAACGCAGCAGCUACCGCUAUGAUGGUACCCAUUGCUUUUGCUGUACUUCACGAAUUGGAGAGGCAAGGACUUGGGAGAGUAUUUGAUGUAAAAAAAGAUCCAGAAGAUCCGGAAGCUGAACCUGAUAUAAAGCCAACAAAUUUGACAAAAGCUUAUUUAUUUGCGGCGGCAUACGCCUCGUCUUUCGGAGGUACUGGAGCGAUUGUAGGUACGCCUACAAACCUCGCCUUUAAGGGCAUUUAUGAAUACAAUUUUCCUGCUGCUGACCCGAUUACUUUUGGCGACUGGAUGGCUGCCUCAAUUCCGCAGAUGGCUACAAACUCUUUUAUAUUAUGGCUGUACUUGCGAAUCGCGUUUCUCGGAUAUCUGAGGCCGCAGAGUAAAGAUGCUGAAAUGGCGAGAAUUGGUGCAGAAGGCGAGGCAAUCGCGAAUCAAGUGAUAAAUCAAAAUCUUAAAAAUCUAGGACCUAUGACGUUUCAUGAAACCGCCGUUGCAAUACUUUUUACGGGAUGCAUAUUCCUGUGGGUAUUUAGAGCUCCUGGAUUUGUUCGUGGAUGGUCAGAAAUUCUAACGGAUGUAAUGUUAGCAGAUUCAACGCCUGCAGUCUUCAUAUGCUUACUAAUGUUUUUCAUCCCGAAGGAGCCAGUCUUUGUACAUUUCUGCAGCAAAAACCCGUCUAGACGACCAACCAGAUCAUCCGAGGGUCUCAUUACUUGGCAGAUCAUUCAGAAAAAGAUGCCGUGGAGACUAAUAUUUUUAUUAGGUAGCGGUUUCGCUGUCUCAAAAGGUAGCAGUGUCUCAGGACUAGCUAUGAAAGUAGGAUUAGCUUUGGUGCCUUUGAGGGAAUUACCUCCUAUUCUGAUGAUGGCCGUUGUUCUUCUGUUCGUCAGUACUUUGACGGAGUUUACUUCGAACGUUGGCACGGCUAAUAUAAUUCUGCCCGUCGUCGCUCACAUGUGUGUGGCAAUGAAGAUACAUCCCUUAUACCUGAUGAUGCCAGUGACUCUCAUGUGUUCAUACGCAUUCAGAAUGCCGGUCGCUACGCCACCAAAUGCAAUUAUAACCGUCGCAGGCCAUCUACAAACUCGAAUAUUGAUAGCAGUCGGAUGUUUUCCUGCAAUGUACAGUUUGAUAGUGCAAGUUAUCCUAUUCCCUACUUGGGGAGCUUUUAUUUACAGCAUUGGGGAGUUUCCAGCUUGGGCAGAAGAGCUGAACAAACAUGAUAUUGACCGGAGACCAUAAUCUGGUCUUGUUGCUAAUAUUCUUACAUAUUAUCCAUGAUAAUAACUAAUUGUGAAUUGUACCUUUAUUUAUCGUUUUAUAUGUUAUGAGGAUAAAUCUAAUUAUUUAUGAA